AUGCAGAUCUUCGUGAAGACCCUCACGGGUAAGACUAUCACCCUUGAGGUGGAGUCUUCCGACACCAUCGACAAUGUCAAGUCCAAGAUCCAGGACAAGGAGGGCAUCCCCCCCGACCAGCAGCGCUUGAUCUUCGCCGGCAAGCAGCUCGAGGACGGCCGCACCCUCUCCGACUACAACAUCCAGAAGGAGUCCACCCUCCACCUGGUCCUGCGCCUGCGUGGUGGUAUGGCCAAGAAGCGCAAGAAGAAGGUCUACACCACCCCCAAGAAGAUCAAGCACAAGCGCAAGAAGACCAAGUUGGCCGUCCUCAAGUACUACAAGGUCGACUCCGAUGGCAAGAUUGAGCGUCUCCGCCGCGAGUGCCCCUCCGACACCUGCGGUGCCGGUGUUUUCAUGGCUGCCAUGAACGACCGCCAGUACUGCGGCCGCUGCCACCUCACCUACGUCUUCGACAAGAAGGAAUAA